AAUUUUGGGAAGCAGGAGAAAGAGCAUUCCAAGCAGAAAGACAUAUAAUGUUACAAAGUGGAAAAAUCAACUUUGAAAAAUUAGCCAAUAUCAAAGUAACCAAAGUAAAUAAUACAAAAUUCAACAGAAAAGAACGAUCUCAAAAGAUACUUUGCAAAAUGAUAAACCUAAAGGAAACUGCUUCAAAUGUGGAAAACCAGGACAUUUUGCCAGAAAUUGCUACUCAAAUACUAAAAAGGACUCCUUUAACAACUGAAGAAGAAUACUAUUCAGAAUCUGAAGAAGAAACUGAAGAAGAAUCCGAUAAUGAAGAAGUUAUAACUGCAAAUAACCUUCAUAAAACCAUUCAGAAGAAA